AUGAACACUACCGGAUGGGUGCAUACUGAUUGGAUGCCUGAGAUGAAUUGUACAGCAUCGGAUGCAGUGGUUCCCACGCCUGGGCUUCCAAGUGAGCGUUUUGAACUUCAUAUGGACGCUGGAAGCCUGGACUCCGAACCACAUCAAGCCCCGACGACGGCGACGAUCAAGGAUAAUGGACCUAUGAAUCAGUCGAGGGCUCUUGAGAACAAUACUGCCCCCGGCGAUCGAAGGAUACUGAUGUGCGAGGCUGAGAUUCAAGCACUGAGGGGUCAUGUCUGUCAGAUGCAAGUCACUCUCACCAGCACAACAAGGGAUUUGGCCCAGCAGAAUGCAGCACUGCAGCAGCUGCAGACCCAUAAAAAGGAACAGCAGGACAGGUUCGCGGGUCCAGUGAAGAGUCCAAAUAAUGCCGAGCCCAUGAGUCUUGAAGAGGAAGUCGAGAUCGGAAUCCUCCAAGCCCGGGUCGAUGGCAUGGAGAAAGAGCGAGCCGAAGCUGGGGCAGUGCUCAAGGUACUCAGGAAGCAGCGUGAAGACACUAAGAGCCAGCUCACACAUGCAGACACGGUGAUAGAGCGCCAGGAACACCGGAUCCGCAGGCUUGAGGCAUCUGUGCACAGGAAGGGUGAGCAAGUUGAAGACUUUGCGGUCUCUAUUAUGAAGGCUGACGACUAUGCUCGACAACAGGCGGGUCUGAUCGAGGACCUGAAACGACAGCUUUCAAGAUCCAAGUGUGGACCUACACGGAGGAGGCCAACCAUCGACGGGUCUGUAAGAGAUGCUUAUGUCGCUCGUAAGUUGGGGAAUAUAGCUCGUUCGAAGGACGAAAGCCCACGACGAACGCCCAUACUAAGGAAGCUCAGUAUGAAGCGUCUUCGGGUUGUUGGCAGGUCACCCAGUGUAUAG